CAUAAAGCAAAACUCGUCUUGGCAGAACUGUGUGCUGUGCCUCUGCCUCCCCGUCCUAUCACGUUUCCAUCGCACGGAAAUGGGCAGUACCAUCGCCACCAUUCCUACCCCAUCCGCCCUCGCUCAAUAGCCUCAGCGAUGCAAUCCUCCUUCCUCCUCCCAACCCCCAUCGCGAAUUCGAAUUCCCCGCCAUCUCUCUCCCUCCGUUUACCGCCACCGAGCACCCGGACCUUCUCCUUCCCUACCGGCCUUGGUCUCUUCUCUGUCGGUGGCCGAACGAGGAGGCAGCUCUCCUCCCUGAGGGCCAAACCCAAGAUGGAUUUAUCGGGCGGCAGAGGCCACCGGACCCUUUUGGAGUACGCCGGGAAGGGAGGAGCCGACGUGGGCGACGACCUCGCCGUCCUCCUCGCCCACAUCCAGCACGCCUGCAAGCGGAUCGCCGCAGUGGUCGCUUCUCCCUUCAAUGCUGAGCUCGGCCGGCACGGCGGCGGCGGCGGAGAUGGGUCGUUGUCUUCAGGGAGGGACGCUCCCAAGCCUCUCGAUAUAGUUUCGAAUGACAUUUUAUUCUCCUCACUCCAAAGCUCUGGAAAAGUUGCAGUUAUGGCAUCGGAAGAAGAUGAUGUUCCCAUUUGGAUAACUGAUGGUGGCCCAUUUGUCGUUGUUACUGAUCCUCUAGAUGGUUCCCGAAAUAUCGAUGUCUCCAUUCCAACCGGAACCAUUUUUGGGAUCUAUAAUAGGCUUGCAGAAUUGGACCAUCUGCCUGUGGAAGAGAAGGCACAGCUCAAUUCUCUUCAAAGUGGUAAUCGGCUUGUUGCUGCUGGCUAUGUGUUAUAUUCAUCUGCUACAGUAUUAUGCAUUAGCUUUGGGUCUGGGACUCAUGCAUUCACCUUGGAUCGCUCAACUGGAGAAUUUGUUCUUACACAUCCCAGCAUACAAAUUCCUCGUCGGGGACAGAUAUAUUCUGUAAAUGAUGCACGAUACUUCGACUGGCCAGAUGGUUUAAGGCAAUAUAUUGAUACUAUCAGACAAGGCAAGGGACAGUUCCCAAAGAAAUAUUCGGCUCGCUAUGUCUGUUCGCUGGUUGCUGAUUUUCACCGGACUCUUAUUUAUGGUGGGGUGGUAAUGAAUCCAAGAGAUCAUCUUCGCCUAGUUUAUGAGGCGAAUCCUCUUAGUUUCCUCGUGGAGCAUGCUGGAGGCAGAGGUUCUGAUGGUAAAUCUAGGAUUCUUUCAAUCCAGCCAGUUGAGCUGCAUCAAAGGCUGCCCCUGUUUUUGGGAAGUCUGGAGGAUAUGCAAGAAUUAGAGAGCUAUGACAAUGUCCAACAGAAGAUUAAUCCUGGAUAUGAAGUCUGAUGCUGAUAAAUCCGUUGUGACCAUUACAAGUGAUGUUUGUUACAUGAGUGUAGCAAAUUCUGUGAAUCGUUUCUGGAGGCUUGCGGCUGCCAAUCAAAGAAGACAAGUAAAUUGGAAGCUUGAAGCAAGAAACUAAAAGCAGGUAGCAGUUGUGGCAUUAGUGGCAAUUUAAGCAGAUGUUUGCUGGAAGCAGGGAGAUAAACUUCCACCUAAGCUUGAUGGUUUAUUAAUGGCAGAUGCUUAUGGGUCUCAGGGUCUGGUUUUGUAGGGGCUUGAGUUUUUGAGUUUUUUCCCUUUGAAUGUACCAAAAGAAAAAAAGGUAGGUAGCACUCAUAAGCUUCAUAAUGCUUGGUUUAACACCUUUCAAUUUAUCUAGAUGGGUAUAUAAAUCUGUUAUUAACUUGUUGCAACAUUUGUUUUAUUAUGACAAAUGGGUUCUAAUGCUAAA